CCUUGUCUUCAUCGUUGACGCCGACGCCGACGACCGCGACGAUGCCAGUAGACUGCGAACGGGACAGCGCUACGCCGCGUCCAGAGACCCCCGAGCCGUCGUCCGUACAGGGGCGGCGUAACACGGGCGACGUCCAGCUUCUCGACACCGAGGGCUGCAUCUCCCCACAGCUGGAGGCCUGUCUGCAGCAUAUAUUUGCCAAGUACUGCACGCCGCAGGCGCAGCACUCCGCCGUGCGCGCUCGAAAAUCCCUCUUGACGGCACCAGAGGGCGCGUAUCUCUCGUCUGAGGGCCUCGAUGCGUGGGCAAAGGAUACCAACGGCGCACCGUUCCCCCAAGAGACGAAGGAUGAGCUCAUCGAGUUCCUCGAUGUGACGCCCGACGGUGGCUUGACCUUCAAAGGCUUCCUGCAAAUAUAUCAGCUUCAGACAGAGAACGAUGAGGAGGAGACCUGGAGGGAUCUUGCGAACCACGGAUUCGAUCGUACAUUAAGCCUCGUCUCCACCCGUCGAGAAGAUUAUGAGGAGAUAGCCAAACCCAACUCUUCAUGACCCUGUCGAGGAUAACAUGCCUCGUGGCUCGCCCUUCACAUCCAAUCAGGAUAGCGACACUGCAUUCACCCUCACGCACACAACUCCAGGACACCACAUUCCACGUCCUCCCGCGCCCCAGGCUCUUUCGCCGGUAUUAGAAUGACUCACGAAUCCUCUUGUGUUCAUGCCGUCGACGACUUUCAUGUUUUCUUGCUAUAUGACCGAAGUGUACUUUAAUGCUGCUCUACCUUUGUAGGGCAUCAAAUUGAUCCUUUGACUGCUA